AUGUCGAACGACCAUUCAAGUUCGGGACAUUAUAUUGAAGUUGACGAUGAUAUCACCGGAACUUCAGAAUAUGAUUCCCUCUACGGCGCCGAAUCUGCUUCGGCGACUACAUCGCUGAUCGAUUCCGUCAAAGCUUAUAAGUAUGAAAAUGGAAGACGUUAUCAUGCGUACAAGGAAGGACAGUGGCUCGUUCCCAAUGACGAGCUUCAACAAGAUCAAAUGGAUCUAUUUCAUCACGUAUUCCUCCUCAGACUCCGAGGAAAGCUUUUUCUAGCUCCUAUCGAAAACCCACAGAAGAUUUUGGAUGUGGGUACUGGAACUGGAAUAUGGGCUAUCCAGAUAGCUGAGGAGCUCCCAGACGCUGAGAUAGUUGGAAACGAUAUUUCACCUAUUCAACCUAGUUGGGUCCCACCAAAAGUCUCCUUCGAAGUCGACGACUUCAACGACCCAUGGCUCCAAGCCCCCAACUCUUACGACUUCAUCCAUGAACGAGAUUGUCACGCUGCUGUUAAAGACUGGGGUAAAUUUGCCGAAAAUGCCUUCAAAACUCUCAAACCGGGCGGAUACUGGGAAUCACAAGAACACACUGUCGAAAUUACCACCGACGAUGGUUCCGUCCCGGAAGAUAACGUUUUGAAACAAUGGUGCACGAAUCUCAUCCAAGCAACUGAGAUCAUUGGACAAACUUGCGUGGUCGCGCCACAUAUUGUUGGACAUAUGCAAAAGGCCGGGUUCGUGAAUAUCAAGCAACAAUAUUUUAAGCUACCGAUUGGAGCGUGGCCUAAGGAUCCUGUUGAUAAGGAGAUUGGAGCAUUUAAUCUUAUCAAUAUGGUGAAUGCUGCUGAGGGCUUUACAACCGCUGCUUAUACACGCAUUCUUGGGAAAUCGAUUGAAGAAUCGGCUCAAGCUGUUGUCGAUAUCAAGAGAGAUCUCCAGAACAAGGACUUUCAUAUGUACUUCCAAUUUGCUGUUACUUAUGGUCAGAAGCCUCUCGAUUCACCAACGGAAUAA